UUCAUGCACGCACGCGCUGUUAGGCAGUGUGAGAAAAUGGCAGACGUUUCUUUGGAUGAAGUGAUACGACAACGCGGUAUUAACCUCAAGCCUCCAAUCAAACGGCCCAUGUUUGGAAGGGGUGCAGGAGGCACUGGCAAAGGUUUUGAUGCCCGGCAGAAGAUUGGGGUUAAUGAUAUCAGACAGCGGCUUGGAGGAGGAACGGGUUUUCAAGUGAAAGAUGCCAGAGAAAAGCUGGGACAAAAAGAUGCACGCUUCAAAAUCCGUGGCAGGGGAGGAGCAGGAGGAGUGCAGGAUGCUCGUCAGAUGAUCAACUCACGCAAACAGGGGCAGAAUCAUUUCAGCGUCCCUGCACAGACCACGCAAAAAACAGCUGUAACACACCAACUACAGAGCCAGACACUUGUGCCACAGAUACAGAUACACACCAACAACAGUCCUGGCAGUGUGAACACAAGGCAGUUUUCCCCUAAUGUACAAGGACUGAGUGUGAGGGGCAGUGCAAUGCCGCAGCUGAGCAAUAUUAAGAGAAUGAUGGAUGCUCGUGAUAGGCUGAGCCUCAAGAGGAGCAUUGGAGGAACACAGACACCAGCAGCUGCUGCCCCACCCUUGAAAAUAACCAAGACCAUCCAGCAACGUCCAAUUGGGAUGUCAGGUGGCAUACGUGCAGCUACACAGCCUGUCUCAGAUGAGCAUGAUGGCACCUCCAGUAAACAAAUAAAGAUCACUACUGCGAACAAUAUGCUACAGUCACGGUCUGGUACAGUAGGCUCGACAUUCUCCAUGUCAGCCCCGAUCACCAAGGUUGUUAAAAAUGAUGCUUACACAGCCCCACGCCCUCCUGUCCCUGUGGCUCCCACCCGGCCCAACACAAGCAUGGCUGCCACUCGGUCCUCAGCUGCAGCCUUACAGCCGGUGUCCAGGACCCUCCAGCAAAGCACAGCAGAAACCAGCACAACAGCUCCUACUCCCCCUCAGCCUGCUUUCAGUCCUUUGGAGGGGACAAAAAUAACAGUGAACAACCUGCACCCCCGCGUCACUGAGGAAGACAUAGUUGAACUGUUCUGUGUGUGCGGUGCCUUGAAGCGAGCACGGCUGGUGAAGGUGGGUGUGGCUGAAGUGGUGUUUGUCCGUAAAGAGGACGCUGUGAGCGCAUACAGGAAGUACAACAAUCGCUGCCUGGAUGGCCAACCCAUGAAGUGUAACCUUCAUAUUCAGGGAAAUGUCAUCACAUCUGAUCAGCCCAUUCUAUUGAGGCUCAGUGACACUCCAGGCACAGGCAGCAGUACAAAAAAAGAGGGUCUGCCGCCCUCCUUGUCUCGACCCUCUGGUCAGCGGGCCUCUUCUCAGCCCACUCCAGAGGUGGACCCCCAGACCAUCCUCAAAGCUCUGUUCAAGUCCACUGCACAGUCCACCUCCACCACUGAGCCCCCCAGCUCACAGGCCACCGCCUUUCGCAUCAAGAUAUAGCUCAUGUCUAGUAUGAAUACUCUGUCUGUUCAUAAACAUAUUACUGCAUUUUCAGUGUUCACAUAUGAACUGUGAUUUUCACCUUGACAGCAGGCAGCCACCAUUCUCAUAUGAAACAGAUUUUUACACAUUUGAAUUCAUGGAUACACAACAUCCUCAUUCUGGUUUUGUGGUAUCAAAAUGUCUUUUUUUUUUUUUUUUUUGGAGAUGGACCAGCGGAAAGAAAUUUGAUGUGAAUUGUUGUUUUUAUCCAUUGUGGUUGGGGAUGCCAAAUCAAACUGGAUGUGUAGGUUUUUUUUUUUUUUUAAUUCUCCAGUUUAAUUCUUAUCAACCCCCCACAUCCCCAAAAAAGGAGAAGGCGCAAAAAAAAUGAAAUGACCUUAAAAAACUAAUUGACAGAAACUGAGCAUCAUUGUCAUUACUGAGAGAUGCACAAUGUUUAGGGGCCUGUACAUCCACAUAGGUGUGUUCAAUUAUGUUGUCUGUACCUCCUUUUUGGAUUUUCCAGAGGUGUACAGACCAUAGAAAUAAAACAGAAUCUAGACCAAACAACAAAAAUCGGUAGAUACCAUAUCUAUGUGAUUACACAGGCCAAAGUUGCUUUCGGCAAAUCCUUGGCACAACUCUUCCUAACGUCAACCUGAGAAGAGGUCUUACUAGCCAAAAUAAUUUAAAUAAACUUCUUUGAGUAAAUGAGGCAUGGACAGGAACUACAGCACCAUAAGUAAACCAGUUCUCAAGCAGUCCUAUUAUGUUGAUGUUUUAUUUGGUUUUACCGUACUUGUGGAAUCCAGAUUCUCGUGUGUUCUAAUUUUGGCUCGUAUUAUUUGUUUUCGAAACAGUAUAUGUUUAAUUCUUUCUAGUAUACAUUACACUUGAUUUAGGUUCAAGGACUGUAAAUUACUUUCGGUUGCUUUCUUGGUAUGUCAGUCAAGAAGAGACUAGAGAAAUCAGUUCUGUCUGUGAAAUGUCACCAUUAAAUAUUUAGCUUUCUAGA